AUGAAUCCUUCACUCCAAAACUUGUUCCAUUUCUUCAUGUUCUUCACCCUCUUUACUUCAAAAGCCUUCUCCUUACCCACACAAUUACCAAUCUCCUACUCUGAUCACUGUAAUUCUUUUGUUCCUGAAGCCAUUCCUACUGAUAAUAUGUUCACCAGAUUCUUGCAUCUCGAGCCUGUAAAUACCCAUUACAGCGGGGGUCAAGACAUUCUUGAUCAAGAUCUGUCAUCACCAUGGUCCAUCAACUUUCUACCCAACGGUUACCUAUUCAGGACAAACGUUGUUGACACGUACAGAAUCCAGGCCCGAUUAAGAUUCUACCGAUCAUAUAUAUAUGAUCCCACCUCCAAAUUCACUAAAAUCAUGUCGAAUUAUUCACGGGGACAUCACCAAUCGUUGGAGUUUUAUUUAGAUGGGUUCUGGUCAGUGUCAACAAGUAAGCUUUGUAUGGUUGGUUCGACUCGGUUUACAAAACAAGGUAAUCCACUUACACUAAACGCUGUUCUUAAGCUUAAAUUUGCUAGAUUCAUAAAUAUGAAAAACAGUUUAGUAAGUGGUAUCUUGGAGAGUUUAGCUUCUCCUAAUGAUUUUGAUUACUUUGAUCCGAUUGCAAUCUUGGCAUUCCCACAAGUGGAUCCAUUAAAAUACAACUAUACAUUGGUGUCGAAUGAAGAGUAUAAUGUAACUAUAUCUAAAAGUAAUUCCGUCCAAGAUUCGGUGACUAGAAUAAAAUAUCUAGAUAUAUGUUCGAUUUUCACACAAAGAUUCAGAACUUACAAGUUGGAGUAUCCAAGUAAUUGCAAGAAUUGUUCUCUAUUUGGUGAAGACCAUGGUAAAUUGCCUGCAUUUAUGUCAUUGUACGGAAUUCAGUGUUCUCGUGAAGACAAUAAAACUCGUGUUCUAGUCGAAUUUCAAGAUAGAAGGUUUGCUCCAUAUGGUCAGUCUUUCCGGCCUGACAUAUCAUUAAUCGGAGAAGGAACUUGGAAUGGGAGAAAAUAUGAGUUGUCUAUUGUUGCCUGUCAUAUCUUGAACCAGAGUGAUCCUCUAAGCAGUGCCCAUGUUGGAGAUUGCUCGAUUGGGUUGACUUUGUGGUUCCCCGCUGUUCGGUCAAUCACAAAAACGCAUAUCACAGAGGGACAAAUUUGGACUACCAAGUUAACAGAUGAUUUGGGGACGUUUAGAAUGGCUAAGUUUCAAAGCUUUGAUCAUAGUAAGGAGAAUUAUGCGGUGAAGUAUGAAUAUACACAAAUGGAGAAAGUAAGGCAGAUUUGCCCGAAAGGAAGUGUGUAG